AUGCGGUUCCACUCUCUGGCAGCUUCUCGGCCCGCCUUCAUUCCGCUUGCUGCGCUCGUUCCCGAUGCUCCGCGUGCACUUCCGCCCGACAACUACAGCCUUGAACUGACGUACCAUGGCCACGACCAUGACCACAACGACCACAACAGCGGCCAUGAUGAUGGCUUUACCGCGGUGACUCAGCUGGCCUUUGCCGUCGCGGCUCAUGCCGUCCGUGUCAUCACUGCCUCGGCUGCUGACCGCGUCUACGUCCUGCAGGGCAAGAUGGUGACGUGCGGCAUGCCGCAGCCGACGCUGGUGGCGCCGUCGGUGGCGCUCGCGGCAGAAGCAGACUCGCCCGAGGCGAUGGGCGCGACGGGCGCAGGUGGACCCGUGGCGGGUGCUAGCAGCGGUUCUGGCCACCGCUCGCGCGGCAAGCGCGGCGUGCGGUCGAGCGCGCCGGCGCCUGGCGACGGCGCUGACCAUGGUGGCGAGGCUGGAACUCUCGACGCCGCCGACGCAGCAGGCCAGCCCAGGCCGGUGGCGGCGCUAACCCCUGAAGCUGCGUCGGCAUAUGCGUCGGCGUACGCUCACCUCAUCAACCGCGGGGCGCGGAGCGAGCUGGCGGUGGAGCAGGUGUGGCGGGUGGUGACGGGCGCCAACGGUGAGGCGACCGACCUCCGGGUCUCGCUUGUUAGCAAGGCGUUCAUGCCAGAGGUCAAGCUCGUCUACGCACCUCAAGCGCUGGCGCACGCGCAGGCGGCCGCCGCUGCCCUCGAGGCUGUCCUCGAGGCCGAGGGCUGGCCGGCGUCGUCGUCAUCCAACGUCCGCGAGGCGAUGCGCGCGUUUGAGGCGGCUCUGGCUCAAGUCAAGGUGUGGAACGGGCUUCCUUCCCGGCUGCCGACGUUUCCGGACCCGCCGGGCGUACGGCAUCCGACAGCGCCGGCAUGGAGUGCAUCGCCAGACGCGCCGUCACCCUUUGCGCUCUAUCUGGCAGGCCGGGCGUCGCGCAAGUCUGAAGUGAGCGCCCUGCUCGCCAACGAGCCGUUUCCGGCCGUGCCGUCGUGGCGGAUGACGCCAGCGCUGCUUUCCCGGCCGCUCGCGCCGGUGGUGGUGGCAUGUGGAGACGGGCGGCCCACGUCACUGCGGUGGGCGGUGUGGCUUGACCCGGUCACUCCCAAGGAGCUCGGCUUCCUCGGCUUUACGCGGGCGGGCGGACUGAGCGUGCCUGCUGCUCGGGUCCCGCAUGGCCUCAAGGCUGGCACGGCCAAGCUGGUGGGUAGUGGAUGGCAGCCGGGCGGCUCACGCAAGGCCUGUGUUCUUCUUUAUGGUGAGCUGCCGAGCGGCGCCGGCGAGGCGGUCGUCGAUCCGGCCACGAUGGACGAGGUGCUUGGUGGUGCCGUGGCGCGCGGCGAGUUCCAGCCGAGCGGCGCUGCCUUUGGGGUGACAGGUGAUGGCCGACUGCACUCUGCAGCUGUUCCAGGCUCGCCAGCGUUUGUUGUCGUGGAGCUCGGCGGGGCGCGGUCACCGGUAGUCACUGUGCUGCCUGUUGUGGCCUCGCCGGGGCUCGAGCGGCUUGUCUCGCUUAGCGUUAUCUCGCCGGCGGUGGCGUGGGCGGAAGACGGCGAGCUCGGGCGGUCGUUUGUGUACUUUGGCGAGCACUCGCAGAGCCUCUUUCUUGAUGCGCCAAGCGCUCAGUCUGCGCUCGUCCCGCGGCGGGCCUUGGUUCGGAUGCCGCUUGUUCCUGGCGGCGAGCGCUCUGUGGUUUGCCACUUUUCCGAGCCGAACCCGAAGCAUGUGGCGUCGGGCGAGGCGGUGCAGGCUGCGGUUCCGGCUACGAUGACAGUCGAGAAGGUGGCGACUGCAGGUGGCGGCUCAAGGGUCUUUGCCGCUGUCCGCGAAGCUGCGGCCGACAUGAUUGUCGUCAUGAGCUGGGCAGUCGAGGGUGAGGGCUCGACGUCGGUUCGGCCGCUCCUUGGCCGCAGCGGCAGCAGUGCGACAGCGGCAAGCGCUGUCGCCGGCUACUCUAUUGAGUGGCCUGGGACGGAGGCCGAGACUGCGGCUGCGACGACGUCGUCCAAGCGUGGGCGCGCCAGCGUCUCGACCCCUUUGCCGACGACACCGACGAGAAGCAGCGCGCCGGCGGCGGCGGCGGCGUCUUCGUCGUCGUCGCGGCUUGCGUCGUGGGAGGCUGUCUCUAGCUACGUCGACGCGCCGCAUGUUGUCGGGGUCUACACGUCUGAGCUGCUGCGGCGGCUGGAUGGACCGGUGGCGAUGGCCGCUGUCGACGACAGCUCCGCGGCGCUGCUGUUCCUUGGCUCCAAGCCGCGGAGCAAGAAGAAGGAGGCUCCCCCCCCGGAGGCGGCGGUGGCAGCCAAAGCGGUCGGGUCGAUGCGCUCGCGCGCAGGCUCUGUCUCGUCGCGAUCGCUCAAGGGCCGGCGUGGACGCGCGGUGGAAGCCGAGCCCGCGGCUGCGGCCGAAACCGACAGCCGCAACGAAGACGAGGGCAAGGCGCUGGAUACCAAGCCCCGAGCGUGGGUGGUGGUGCGCGGCGGUGAGAAGGUCGUCGUUCAGCUCGAUGAGGUCCAGGCUCUGGCCGACGGCGAUCCGGUUGUUCGAACCGGCGAUCUCAGCCUCGUCACGCAGCCGUCGAUCUCGAUCCUGGCUGGUAGCGUCGAGCUUGACCUUGGAGCGCGCGAGUGGAGCAGCAUUCGUGGCAAGGGCUGGUUUGUGGCGUCGUCGACGUAG